AUGGAGCAAGCAGCAACGGCCAACAGCGCCGUAAUCCUCACGGCCCUCUCCCUCCUAGUUAUCCUCUUCCGGCUCUUCCUGCGAAGACUGAGACACGAGAAGCUCCUGUGGGACGACUGGAUCAUGCUGGGCGGUAUGGGGGUCUACGUGGCGCUGACGGCGACGUAUCCGGUUGUGGCUUGGAACGGCAUCAAUGUUGCGCAGACGAAACCCGAGGACCUGAAGGAGGAUGCGGUUGCUCGAAUCGAACUUGCAUCGAAGCUGGUGAUCGUCCAACGGGUUCUCUUCAUGACGUAUCUGUGGUGUUUGAAGGCCUGUAUACUGAUCUACUACACUCGACUGGCGAUACGGACGAACGAAAUGCUCAGUGUCAGGAUCCUCGCGGCUAUUCUCGCUGUCACUUGGAUAGUGUGUCUCCUCGCGUUCUUCAUCGGAUGUCGACCCAUUUCGGACUAUUGGCGGGUGCUCCCAAGUGCUCCAGAUUGUGCUAAAGCUGUGGACGAGACGGUUCUACUUAGAGCGUUAGAUGCUUUCACAAACAUCUUCCUCAUGGCUAUCCCCCUCAAGCUCAUUAUACAAUCGGAUAUGUCACGCAAAAUGCAGUUGCAGCUGUUGGCUGUGUAUAUCGGUAGUCUUUUGUUGAUCGCAAUCUCGACCCUUGGAAUUAUUGUUGCUCUGGAUAACCUGGGGUCUGUGAAUAUGUUCAUAUGGGCGCAGGUCCAAUGCUUUAUCGCAACCCUCGUCGCCAAUGCACCCCCGAUUCAUGACCUUUGGCGUCACGGCUGGAGCCAUAUUCGGCAACGCAAGUUCAAUAGGGAUUCAUGUGUUCCGGAAUACAGUCUGAACAUCUUAGCGCCAACAGAGCACAGCACCAGACAUCACACGGAGCAGACAGACCCAAGGCCUAUCUCUCGGCUAGAUACGAGACGUUCUAGACGGCAGUCCAGAUCAUCCAUUGCUUCCAUAGCUUCGAGAGGGUCCAGGGCAGACGUGGAGCCCGAGGACGAGCAAGCGGCCGAAACUACGCCCAUAAGAGGAAACAGGCUCGCCAUUCGCAACUCGAUCCGAAAAGUCAAUGAUCGCCUUCGCCGGAGCUUGGAACAGCUCGAGAUCGAGAGGAAGGUUGUGGUCGUACAGCAAUCGCUGAUAGGCGAGAUGACCCCCAGUCCUGCUGAUGAGCGUCACGAGGACUUCUUUAGUGGCUUUAGAGAUGGUAAAAGGAAAGCGCGGAUUCGGACGGAAGUUUCGUGUGGGAGUGAUGGAAAGCCUUCUCCCGAGGGCCCCAAGGGGCCCGCGGGCUAUGUUAUGGCGAAAUUCAAAGGGGAGGAGGCUCGUGGUUGA